AUGUACUACAUGCUUCCCGAGCAAUACCAGGAGAUGAUGGAGCAGGAGAUCGAGGAGGAGAGGAGGAGAGAUCAGUUCUACGGAGUCGACCCUUCACUUCCAGACAAGCUCUACUUCCAGGAGCUCACAGCCAAAGACUCUGCAUUGCUGCAGCUGACGAACCGGCUGCAAAGUGCCACGGAGAUCGCUGAGAUUCUAGGUGAUGCCACCCACCCCCUGCAGCUGACCUACCUGAGCAACGAGUUCUACUCUGGCUCACGGCAGCAAAAGGGACACGAUCGGACGUGGCGCCCGAGAAUGUACAUCGAAGGCAGUCGCCGUGCUGCCAUCGUGGAGAGCAGCUUUGUAAUGAGCGGUGAGGAGUGGGUACCUACCCACGUCAAGAUUGAGUCCGUUGCAAAGAGCGGCGAGACGCUCCUCGAUGCUGCGCUGCCUCUUCCUCAUGGGCUGAAGUAUGUGAAUCUAAGCAGCCUCUUGAGCCAGCCGUAG